GAAGGCCCGCGGCUGCUGCCGCCAUUUCGGGCGCUGCUGUGAGGCUGAGACCCGAGCCGGUCCGCUGGGCGGCAGGCGCCGGGGCUGGAGGGGCGCGCGCGGCGGCGGCCCAGCGUGUAGGCGGGGAGGUGGCCAUGGCAGCCAACUUCGACUCGGAGGAGCGGAGUAGCUGGUACUGGGGACGGCUGAGCCGACAAGAGGCGGUGGCACUGCUGCAGGGCCAGCGGCACGGGGUGUUCCUGGUGCGGGACUCAAGCACCAGCCCUGGGGACUAUGUGCUCAGCGUCUCCGAGAACUCGCGCGUCUCCCACUACAUCAUCAACAGCAGCGGCCCGCGCCCGCCGGUGCCGCCGUCGCCGGCCCAGCCUUCGCCGGGGGUGAGCCCCUCCAGACUCCGAAUAGGAGAUCAAGAGUUUGAUUCAUUGCCUGCUUUACUGGAAUUCUACAAAAUACACUAUUUGGACACUACAACGUUGAUAGAACCAGUUUCCAGAUCCAGGCAGGGUAGUGGAGUGAUUCUCAGGCAGGAAGAGGCAGAGUAUGUGCGAGCCCUCUUUGACUUUAAUGGGAAUGAUGAAGAAGAUCUUCCCUUUAAGAAAGGAGACAUCCUGAGAAUCCGAGAUAAGCCUGAAGAGCAGUGGUGGAAUGCAGAGGACAGCGAAGGCAAGAGAGGGAUGAUACCAGUCCCUUACGUCGAGAAGUAUAGACCUGCCUCCGCCUCAGUAUCGGCUCUGAUUGGAGAAGGGGAUUGCUGGACUGCUGAGAGGAGAGAUAUUCAUACAAGGGGAUCCACAGAUAGGCCUCAUGAGGGGGAUGGCAGCGAUUGCUCUCUCAAAUCCAUGUGCUCUUCUUCCUGUGCACUCUGCUUGACUACGUUUCCCAGCCUCCUUUGCGGUAACACGUGACCAUGUGACCAAGUUCCAGCCAAUGGACUGUGUGCAGAAGUGCCUGCACCACUUCCCAGGCCUGGCCUAUAGAAACCUCCCACAGGUGCUCCUCCAUGCUCUUCCCUUCCAGCUGGCUGGUACAGAGGUGACACCCAGGGCAGAGCCUUCAUUUGCUUGAGCCCUGAGUCACUGCAUGGAAAAGGGCUUCUUCAGCUUGGUGACUGGUUUGGUGAGCAGGAAACCAAUUUCGGUUCAACCAUCAUACGUUGUAAGGUAUACUUGUUAUUGUAGUUAGCCUACUCUGAAUAAUAGAAUGGGGUUGAAUUAAACAGAUGAGAAUUUAACCAACUGGCAGUUUGUUAGAACCAUAAUGAUGCCAAAGCUUUGUAGAAAUCAGUAACAUACUUCAGGCACUUCCAAUAAGCAACUGAUAAUUUUUUAGGAUAAGUAUGACCCAUGCAAUAUCUAAAAUUCAAAACUGGGCAUUUUGUAUUUUUAUUUCUUAAAUCUGGCCUGCCCAUAGAGAAACCCUGCUUUAGGGUUGUUGCUCUUUCCUGCAGGGUAGUUCUUUCCGAGGCAGAAGCAAUCUAUACCAGGACAGCUGGGACCACCCAGCUCAUUCCAUACCUUACAUUCCUUUCAUCUGUGUAACUGCCCCAAGUUUAAGUCCAGCCAGUCAUUUAUCAUCUGGUUUGUGAGACAUCCUUAAACUAGUCUCGGUUUUCUCUUCCUAGUCUCUUACUGCUCCCCAUCAUCCUCAUGUGUACCCACUUCUGGACUUUAUUCUGUAACACUCUUGCCAUCCUGUUCUGCUGCCUAUCCACCUUAUUUACUGUCAUCAACCAACCUCCCCCUCCUUUAGUAAUGAUUUUAAUAUCUGGCUGACAGUCUUUUCCCACCCCAAGGCCUGCUGUCAUCUGGGAUGGACCCACUCAUUAACUUGGCUUCUCGUCUUUUUGAUUACCUCAGUUCCAUUCUCUGGUCUGUUACAUGCCUAGAAUCUUAAACAUUCUACUCGCCAACCACUACCUUCUAGCCUUCUAGUUGUCUCACUGUUUUCCCAGUGCUUUUGUUCUUCAAUCCAGAAGUACUCUAAUCCCUAUACUCCUCAACUACAGCCUCCUCCUGUCUUUCCUGUUUUUUUCAAGUUAGAUAAUAAGCAAAUAUACACAAUAAUAUCAGGUCUUAGAUAUAUCCAGCUGCCUAUUGGAUGUGUCCACUUGGAUAUUCUGAAGGCACCUCAAACUCAGCAUAUUCCAGACUGAAUUCAUCAACCACCCCCUCCCCAAUCUGCUCUUCCUCCAGGUUCCUUAUCUCAGUGUCUGUCAGCCAAAAACCUGGGUGCCAUCCUUUAUUUCUUCCUCCCUUCCAUUAUCCUAUUUCUAGUCAUUCACCAGGUCCUAACACCUCAGCAUCCAGUAUCAGUCCACUUCUCUCCAUCCCCAUUGCUGCUACCUUAGUUCAAGUUGCCAACAUUUCUCAUCUGAAUGAGUAUCAGUUGCCUAACUGGUCUCCUUGCGCCUAAUUUUGGCCCCUUCAAUCCUUCCUCCACACUAUAGCCCUUGUGAGCUUUCUGUAGUUCAUAUUAGCUUAUAUUCUCCAUCAGAUGUCUAAACACCCUGCAAAAAAGAUUCAGAGAUCUUAAUGUUCUAAUUCUUGCUUCCUCUUCUACCUUAUCUCUCCUUACUCUCCCUUCUAAGCUCUGGGCUCCACCCAUACUGAAUUUCUUCCCCUUUCUUUACCUGAUCCAUCUAUUCUCCCCUCUGGGCUUUUGUACAGCCUGUGCCUCUAACUGCCUCACCUUCCCCUACCUCACCUUCAAAUAUCUGUCUUAUCUGAUGCCCUAAUUUGGGUUAGGUGCCUGUCCUAUGUAUUCCCUAGCAAAAUCUGCUCAUUGUUGUAACAUCACACUGAACUGAAAUUGAUCAUGCACGUAUUCCUCCCAAGACCAAGACUGUAUUCGUUGUUCUAUUUCCAACAUUUAGCCAGGUCUUGACAGUCUAGAUAUGCAGGGGAUGUGUUUUGAACAAAAGAAUGAAAAAAACAGGAUAGGUGAGCUAGAGAUAAUAAAAAGCCAAGUGGGAGUGGUAGGCAGUAUUAAUGCGGAACUUAAUAAAGGUACUGUAUUUUCCUACAAAAGAAAUACUUAUUUAGUGGUUUAAAUAAACAAUCAUUUAUUUAUCUUACAAUUCUGAAGAUUAGCAGUUUGAGUUGGGCUCAGCUGGGCGGUUCUUCUGGUCUUGGCUACACUCAUUCAUCUAAGGUCAGGUGCUAAGUUGGCUGGGGGCUGACUGGUCUUUGAAUGGCCCUCAGUUGACAGUUUAUCUCUGCUUCAUGUGGUCCUUCCAUCCUCCUACAGGGUGACCUGUGCUAGUUCUCAGGGCCAUUGCAGGAUUCCGAGAGAGCAGGCAAAAUAACACAAGGCCUCUUAAGGCCUAGCUUUGGAACUGACACAUCAUCAAUUCCGCUACACUCUCAUCAAUCAAAGGAAGUCGCAAGGCCAGCCCAGCGACAAGGGGUGAGGAAAUACACUCCACCUCUUUAUGGGAGGUGCCACAAAGUCACAAUGCAAAGAGAUACAGAUAUAGGGAGAGUGAAGGAUUGUGAUGUUUUUUUGAACUGUCUAUACAGACAUCCCAUAAUAAGCAAAGAAACUGGUUGAUUAAAAAUUGUGAUUCUUCUGGGAAGGGUUAUCAUUGGAUGAGUCAACAUCCAAAUGCUUGUAGUUUUUCUUCUUUAUUUUAUAGCUUGGAAAAUUUGAAUGUCAAGCAUGGUUUUUAGCCCUAACAGCAGAUGGUCCAUGGGAACUAUUUGAGAAGGAGGCACAUGGGAGAAGACCUUCAUAGAUGAAAAGACUUUGACAGUAAGCUUCAUAAAGGAAGGGAUUGUGUCCACUUUAUUAACUUUCAUUUGCAAAGUGUCACAUGAUUAGCACUUGGAAAACACUCAGCAAAUAUUUGUUGAAGGAAGAAUAGAUAAUGGUUCAACCAAACCUCUAUUUCCUAUCGCAGAGGAGGUUGUGAAGGAGAACUGAAUGUCUGGCCUUGCCAUCUGUGCUGCCACAUGUGGAUGUGCAGGUUAUGCCGGACACAGGGUAUGUGGUGAGGGAAGAGCAGAGCUGAAAUCCAGUCUGUUCUCUGCUCCCCAAGCUGUGCCCUGGGGACUGGCUUUGUCUGCCUGGAGGAGGCAUCUUUUUUAAAUGGAAACAAAGGCACAUUUUUCUUGCCAAGCAGUGAGCCUCCAGGGCUGCAUCUGCUGAAAAGGGGCCCAUUUUUUCUGAGUCUCACAAAAUUUCCCUAUGAGCUACCAGGGCCCUGCUACUUAUUCCACCUACAAGUAGCAGAGAAGCGGUUACCAAGGAAUGAGAGAUGGCAUAGAAUGCACAAAGCAAGAAAACAAAGUGAACUAGAGGCACAGUUCUUUUUCUUUUUUUUAAUUGUGAACUUUAGCAUACAUACAUAACAGUGGUAACUUUCAAAGUAUGAUUUCACAAGUUGUUAGCAAAUUUCAAAGAAUGUCAUGGGUCACAGUUCCACAACUUCAGUAGAGGCACAGUUCUUAAAGGUGGAUCAUGAUAAAUGAAGGAAGGAUUGAGAGAAGUGGGAGCAAGGAAAAAAAAGACAGUGAGGUUAAUAUGUCUGAAUUGACUUCAGAAGCCAACUGAGAGUUGACAGAGAUCAGAACACUGAAGUGGACAAAAUACAAUUUGUUUCUAGAAAAGGCAAAUCUAUACACAGAGAGUAGAUUAGUGGUUGCCUAGGACUGGGGGUAGGAAUAGAGAGUGACUCUGACUAUAAAUAAACGCAAAGUUUCUUUUUGGUGUGAUGGAAACCUUCUAAAAUAGAUUGUGGUGAUGGUUGUACAACUCUGUAAAUAUACUAAAAUUCAUUGAAUUAUACCCUUUAAAUGGGUGGGUUUUAUGUAAAUUAUAUCUCAAUAAAGGUAUUUUAAAAAUAGUAUCACUAAAAGUGGACAAGACAUUGUGUGCCUCUGAUGUGAUGCAACAGGAAGUUCACAACAAGCACCAUCUUGAAGCAUUCUGGCCAAAAAGAGUUGAACAUGACUCUAAUCAAGCUAUCAGUUUUAAGGAAAUAUGGAGAAGAAAGGAAGAAGUUAAAUUAACACCUCGAGGAAGCAAAGAAAUCCAGAAUGUGAGAUUGUCUGUAAGACAAAUGGCCCAGUUUCCUCUCAGAUAACCAAAAAUGACAAGAAAAUGAAAAAGGACAGGGAGGAGGAUCCUGUUGUGGACAAAAAGAGACUUAAGAGACCUAUCAGCUGAUGCUCUGUGUGAACAUUGUUUGUGUCUUGAUUCCAAUAAACCAGCUGGAAAAAGAGACAACCCUGGGAAAUUGAACAUGGGCUGGAUAUUAGCUGAUACUAAAAAUAAAUGUUAACCUUACUGAGUGUAAUAAUGAUAUUGUGGUUAUAUUAAAAUAUUUAGUGAUACUGUGUUAGAAUAGUGGUUCCUCAAAGGUUUCCAUACCCUAAUCCCCCAAACCUGUGAAUAUAUUUACACUGGCAGAAGGGGACUUUGCAGAUGUGAUUGAGUUAAGGACCUUGGCAAGGGUUGUUAUCCUGGAUGAUCCAGGCUGCGCCAAUGCAAUCAUAAGUGUCCUUAAAAGAGAGACACAGGGUUGGCCAGAGUCAGAAAAAGAUGUGACAAUGAAAUGAGAGGUUGAAAUGAGAGGCUGUGAAGAUGGAGGAAGAGGCCACGAAGCAAAGAUGCAGGCAGCCUCUAGAAGCUGGAAAAGCAAGGAAACAGAUUCUUCCCUAAAGCCUCAGGAAGGAAUGCUCCCCUGUCGACAUCUUGAUUUUAGGUCUCCUGACCUCCAGAACUGUAAGAUAAAAAAUUUGUGUUAUUUUAAGCUCUUUAGGUUGUGGUAAUUUGUUACAGCAGCAGUAGGAAAUUAAUACAAAUAUCUUCAUGAAACUAAAUUAUUUUUUUAGCAUAAAUUUUCAGGAGUAAGACUACUGGGGUCAUGGCUAAUACUCCAUUUUAAAACAUUUGGCUUUUCAAAAGGGUGUUUAUCAGUUGUCAAUACGAUCAGCAGAAGUAACCUGGAAAGCACAGACCAUGAUUCAACUCUCCCUCCACCCAAUGUUUUAGUAGGUUUAAAAGUAUGUCUUAUUCACAACUAUUCACUAGGAUAGCCAUAGCAAAAUACGGAAAAUAAAUGUUGGUGAGGAUGUGGAGAAAGUGGAACAAUUAUGCAUUGCUGGUGGGAAUGUAAAAUGUUACAGCUGUUGUGGAAAACAAUUUGGCAAAUCCU